AACAGCGGCGGGUGGUGAUGACGUUAGAAGAGUGCGCCGCACUUCGGUGCGAACAGCUUCCGCGGGUGUGAAUGCUCGCCCAUCGCGGGCAUGGUGACCUGCAGUCGGGUGUUGCUCAGAAAGUAUGGAGACUUCAUUGAUAACCUGAGACUCUUCACUAGGGGAGGAAGUGGUGGAAUGGGCUACCCGCGCUUAGGUGGAGAAGGUGGAAAAGGUGGUGACGUCUGGGUUGUAGCCCAUAACAAAAUGACUUUAAAACGACUUAAAGAUAAAUAUCCUCAGAAACGGUUUGUGGCUGGAGAAGGAGCAAACAGUCGAGUUAGUGCACUGAAAGGCUCCAAAGGAAAAGACUGUGAAAUUCCUGUACCCGUGGGUAUUUCAAUAACUGAUGAAAAUGGUAAAAUUAUAGGAGAACUCAAUAAAGAGAAAGACAGAAUUUUGGUAGCUGAAGGAGGUCUUGGUGGUAAAUUACUUACAAAUUUCUUACCAUUGAAAGGCCAGAAACGAGUAAUUCACCUUGAUCUAAAACUUAUAGCUGAUAUAGGCUUAGUGGGAUUCCCAAAUGCUGGAAAAUCCUCUUUGCUAAGUAAGAUUUCUCAUGCAAAACCUGCAAUUGCAGAUUAUGCAUUUACAACAUUAAAGCCUGAACUCGGAAAAAUUAUGUAUAGUGAUUUCAAACAGGUGGGUAUUUUUAAAAUAAGACACUUGGUUAAUAAUGAAAGUACUUGCCUUAGUGCUUAG